AUGUCCAUGCAGCCUAUCGUAGACUUGUGGUUCCCUGAUGCCUCUAAAUGGAUUGUCCAGCUGGGUGAGCUCACUCUCUACCCAUCUGCCUGGAACCUACGCGCCUACCUCAACCGGUACAAGGUGAAGGACAUCUUCAUACACCCUAAAGCCAAAGGGCAAACCAAUGGCAUUGCCCUGCUGAAGCUGGCCUCUCCUGUCACCUACACCAAGUACAUCCAUCCAGUCUGUGUCCAGGCCGCCGCCGCCUCCACAUUCCUGCACCGGUCUGACUGCUGGGUGACUGGCUGGGGCGUUCUCCACGAGGACCUGAGGGCCGCCUACUGACACUGCUGCUGCACUGGGCUCUGCCCAACUCCAAGAUGUCCUCCAGCCAGCCAGCCGCAGGACCCAAUCCCCAGCACUCACCGAGAAUCAAUGCAGCUUCUCAUCUUGACUCCAUCCCACUCCACGCUGUGUCCUCCUGCCAAGGGCUCGGGACACAACAAUUCUCAUUAUCUGCGGCCAUGGCUUCAGCUUGACCUUGAAUCGCCUGACUCCAGGCCACUUCCAGCACAGCGCUGAACGGGUCUCAGUGAGCAUGUCAGGCUACAGCCCUCCAUCCACGCUUUUCCUUCCCUUUUUUACUUUUAUUUUUCCCUUCAGUUUCUUCCUGGCUUAAUAA